AUGGCGACCCAGUUCUCGACCGCAACCGCCAUCCCCUCGCACGCUGCGCCCUACCAGCACCAUGCGUACAGGAAGUCGACGCAGUACUCGCCCACGGGCACGCCCAUGAAUAUUUCGCCCACCUCGCCUCGCGACACCAACAACCUGUUGAAAUACCACCAGUCCAUCCGCCCGACCAAGCAGGCCCUCGGCAUCCCUGCAGCGCUCCGACGGACAGAGCGCCCCUCCAAACAGUCUCCACCCAAGUACGACUCGGCCUGUGCGUCGCCCAACGGAGGCUGGGCUGUCAACGGCGGCUUCCCGAGCAGCAACGACGGCGCGAGCACGCCGGUCUCGCAGGUCAACAACGAGGACAUGCAUAGCAUCUACAACGAGCAGCCCAUGUCGCCCAUUGCCGGCCCUAUUACGCGCAACCACUGGCAGGCCGAUGGAUCCACUCCAGUGUGCUCAGCGCCAACAUGUCACGCACCCUUUGGUCUGUUCAACCGCCGCCAUCACUGCAGAAAGUGCGGCGGUGUGUUCUGUGCGCAGGACUCGUCCAAGCAGGUCCGUCUUGAUGAGCUUGCCCGCUUCCAUCCGGAGGGCGAGUGGCACCGCGCUUGUGACCGCUGCCACAGCUCAUUCCGCGAGUGGGAGCACCUCCGCCUCAGCCGCAGUAACAGCGAGAGCUCCAGCAACAGCGGUGCCGGUGCGCUGCCCGUCCAGGCACCCGUCGCUGCAAAGCGCCCCGAGGCCCGCGUCGGCAGCCUGGCACAGAGCUUCCAGGGCGCCUGGAACUGGAGCACCUUCUAG